AUGGAUCAUUUUAUCCCAUUCCCGUAUAUGGGAACAAAACGAAAGGCUACCACGUCCAUGGCUGUACAAGAAAAGAAGCUGAAGACGUCUUGCGCCGCCCCUGUCGCCGCCGCCCCUGAAGUUCACGAUGAGAAUGAAGACGAUGACAACGGCGACGAUGACGACGAUGACGACGACGAAGACGAGUUUGAGUAUGAAGAAGACAGUAGUGACACGGAGCAUCGGGCCCAGCGCAGUGAUAAUCGACCGCUGUGUAGUCGACAAACUUGCACUCAUGAUUCCAACCGCGCAAGGCUUGAAUCUAUCCAAAUCAGGUCACUGAGAGAAAAAAUCGCCCAGUUACAAACCGAGCUCUACGCCGAAAAGAAAGGAAGGUUGGACCUACUGGUCAUCGUCGAGGGACUCCAAAAAGAAGUUCGUCGACUCGCCAUUGAGCGUGUCAACGACAAGAAAGAAGUCAUGAGAUCAAUUGAGCUCAACAAUGCAGCGAUCAACGAACUAAAGGACAACUUCGAAGCUGUUGAGGAAGACAUCGAGGUCAUCAAGGAAGAUGUUGAUCUCAAUAAAGUAGCAAUCGAUGUCAACAAGACAUCCCUUGAGAGAGUCGAACUCCAUAACAGCAGUCUGGAGCACAGGCUGAGGAGACAGGAGACCGACCUAUCGACGUUUUUUGAGCUCAGAAAGGGAAUUUUUGAGGAUGAUGGAAAUUUUUUUGACGGUGAUGGGAAUGUUCUUGAUGAUGAUGGGAAUGUUCUUGACGAUGAUGGGAUUGUUCUUGACGACGAUGGGAUUGUUCUUGACGAUGAGGGAAUUGUUCUUGAGGGCUAA